CCGAAAUAUUGCCACGGCCUUUACCUUAUCCAUCUCCCCAAAACCCUCCCCUCCCCUGCACCACCACUCCCAAAACCCUUCACCGUUAAUGGCAACAUCGCUUACACACGGACCCAUAUCUCCGAAUCACCACUACCAGUGCUAAGCUUUUGCCCAGUAAUUGAUCUUUGUACCUCUCUUCAUGGAGCUCUCUUCUCCUUUCACACAGCUCUCAAAACCAUGCUCCCCUCCCAUGUCUGACUUAUCCUUCUCUUCCUCAGUUUCUCCUUUCCCCCUCCAAAUUCACUUCAAAGCCUCCCAAAUCAAGCAGAGGAAUACCCAUAAUUUCCGAGUUUUUGCGGUCGCCGUAGACCCACAAGAACUCCCCAGAAAUAGCCCCCAGAGGCUCCUGGAAGAGCUCUCCAAGCGUAAGAAAGCCACCGCUCCGAGGAAGAAAGUGCCCCCAAGAAGGUUCAUAUUGAGGCCUCCAAUGGACGACAAGAGAUUGGCCGAAAGAUUCCUUAACAGCCCACAGCUAUCGUUGAAAUCGUUCCCUUUAUUGAGUUCUUGCUUGCCCUCCUCGAGACUCAACAAUGCCGAUAAGACUUGGAUUGAUGAGUAUUUACUCGAAGCGAAGCAGGCUCUUGGUUACCCUCUGGAACCAUCUGAGCAUUACGGUGAUGAUAACCCAGCUAAGCAAUUCGAUACGCUGUUGUACUUGGCGUUUCAGCACCCGGCGUGUGAGAGGUCGAAGACACGGCACGUGAAGGGGGGUCACUCUAGGCUAUGCUUCCUGGGACAGUACGUACUGGAAUUGGCUCUUGCGGAGUACUGUUUGCAGAGAUAUCCAAGAGAGUCACCUGGGCCGAUGAGGGAGAGGGUGUUUGGGUUGAUAGGGAAGAGGAAUUUGCCCAAGUGGAUCAAAGCGGCUAGCUUGCAGAACUUGGUGUUUCCAUACGAUAAUAUGGAUAAGUUGAUUAGGAAGGAGCGUGAACCACCUGUGAAGUCUGUAUUUUGGGCUUUGUUUGGGGCGAUAUAUUUAUGCUUUGGUAUCCCAGAAGUAUAUCGUAUUCUCUUUGAAGUAUUUGGGAUGGAUCCUGAUGCUGAGGACUGCCAGCCAAAAUUAAGGAGACAACUUGAAGAUGUAGAUUAUGUUUCUGUUGAAUUUGAUGGGAAUAAACUCAGUUGGCAAGAUGUUGCUGCUUAUAAGCCACCAGAAGAUGCCCUGUUUGCACAUCCAAGGCUUUUCAGGGCAUGUGUUCCACCUGGCAUGCAUAGAUUUCGUGGAAAUAUAUGGGAUUAUGACAGCAGACCCAAAGUUAUGCGAACCCUUGGAUAUCCCUUGUCAAUGACAGACAGAAUUCCAGAGAUCACUGAAGCCAGGAACAUUGAGCUUGGACUCGGGUUACAGCUUUGUUUCUUGCAUCCAUCAAAACACAAGUUUGACCAUCCUCGGUUUUGCUAUGAGAGACUGGAAUAUGUUGGCCAAAAGAUCCAGGAUCUUGUAAUGGCUGAGAGAUUACUGAUGAAGCAUUUAGAUGCUCCUGGGAGGUGGCUACAGGAGAGACACCGUCGUGUUCUUAUGAAUAAGUUCUGUGGGAGGUAUCUGAGGGAGAAGUACCUUCAUCAGUUCAUCAUCUACUCCGAGCAGGUUCAAGAUGCAUAUGAGCACAAUCGAAGACUAAGAAACCCUGCGACAACUGCUGUUCAGCAAGCCCUUCAUGGGCUUUCAUACACCAUAUAUGGGAAGCCGGAUGUGAGACGCCUCAUGUUUGAGGUAUUCGAUUUUGAGCAAAUCCAGCCUAAAGCCAUAUGAGGAUUUCAGGAAGGAGUUAGCUAAGUUUUAUUCCCCAAAUCUUCCCUCUUUUCCUUCUUUCAUGUGAAUUAUAAUUAUAAUUGCAUCAACUGAAUUAUGAUUAUAAUUGCAUCAACUGUAUUGGGUAAUAAUUUGUUCAGUAACAAAAAAAAAAUCGUCUUAGGAAGGCUGGUGUAAUAUAGAAAAUUUCAGACAAGCUGUUAACAAUUCAUUUCCAAAGUAUGAUAGUUUAUGGAUAGCCUCUGUAGUUGAUGCUUGACCA